GUUGUUCAUAUCUAUUUUUGUAGUUUUUAACCCAUGCAUGUGCCCUAAUGCAGCAUCAAGUGGUAAAGACGUUGCCAAGCCAUCCAAGGGUGUGGGCACACAGGUUCCAUCUUUGGACUAUGUUGACAUUCCUCACUCUCAGAUUCGAAAGGUCACUGCCUCACGCUUGUCGUUUUCAAAGCAAACUAUUCCUCACUACUACUUGACUGUGGAUACAUGUGUAGACAAACUGAUGGAUCUGAGGAGCCAACUCAAUUCGUUGCAAGAGGCAUCUGGCGGGAAACGGAUAUCUGUCAACGAUCUUGUUAUUAAGGUUCAUUUACUUAUUUUUGUGGACAAUCGAACCUUAUUAUACCUAUAA